AUGAUGUCUGAGAGCUCCGGCCCCCAGAACCCCAGCUGCCACAUCAUGACCUUCUACCCAACCAUGGAGGAGUUUAUGGACUUCAACCACUUUAUCGCUCAGAUGGAAUCUCAGGGUGCACACCGAGGAGGCCUGGCCAAGGUCAUCCCACCCAAGGAGUGGAGGGCCAGACAGAGCUACGAUGACAUGGAUGACUUCUUGAUAGCCCGCCCCCUCCAGCAGGUGGCCUAUGGCGGGGCAGGUGUCUUUACUCAGUUCCAUAGAAAGAGGAGAGCCAUGACCCUGAGACAGUACCGCCAACUGGCCACCAGCACAAAAUACCAGACCCCAGCGCACCUGACUUUUGAAGAGUUGGAGCAAAAGUACUGGAAGAGCCGUGCCUUUGGUGCCCCGAUCUACGGCGCUGACGUCAGCGGCUCUCUGUUUGAUGAGAACACGGCACACUGGAACCUCAGGCGCCUGGGCUCGCCUCUGGACCUGCUGGCACAGGAGUGCGGCGUGGUCAUCGAGGGAGUCAACACGCCCUACCUGUACUUUGGCAUGUGGAAGACCACGUUCGCCUGGCACACGGAGGACAUGGACCUGUACAGCAUCAACUACCUGCACUUCGGGGAGCCCAAAACGUGGUACGCGGUGCCCCCAGAGCACGGGCGGCGCCUGGAACGCCUGGCUGGGCAGCUGUUCCCGGGCAGUUCCCGCAGCUGCCAGGCCUUCCUGCGGCACAAGGUGGCCCUCAUCUCGCCCAGCGUCCUGCGGCAGAACGCCAUCCCCUUCCGCCGCGUCACUCAGCAGGCUGGCGAGUUCAUGGUCACCUUUCCCUACGGCUACCACGCGGGCUUCAACCACGGCUUCAACUGCGCCGAAGCCAUCAAUUUCGCCACUCCGCGCUGGAUCGAGUAUGGCAAAGUGGCCUCUCAGUGCAGCUGCGGGGAGGCCAGGGUCACCUUUGACAUGGACCCCUUCGUUCGUAUCCUGCAACCCGAGCGCUACGAGCUGUGGAAACGCGGGCAAGGCCGUGGCGGUGUGCACCUUCCGGAGCCCAUGGGCCAAACAAGCCAGGAGCCACACACGAGCCGGGAGCCAGGCACCAGCCAGACGCUUCUCACCAGCCAGGGGCCAAGCAUCCGCCAGGAGCCACGCAGCAGUGAGGAACCUCACACCAGCCGGACGCUUCUCACCAGCCAGGGGCCAAGCAUCCGCCAGGAGCCACGCAGCAGUGAGGAACCUCACAGCAGCCGGACGCUUCUCACCAGCCAGGGGCCAAGCACCCGCCAGGAGCCACGCAGCAGUGAGGAACCUCACAGCAGCCGGACGCUUCUCACCAGCCAGGGGCCAAGCACCCGCCAGGAGCCACGCAGCAGUGAGGAACCUCACAGCAGCCGGACGCUUCUCACCAGCCAGGGGCCAAGCAUCCGCCAGGAGCCACGCAGCAGUGAGGAACCUCACAGCAGCCGGACGCUUCUCACCAGCCAGGGGCCAAGCACCCGCCAGGAGCCACGCAGCAGUGAGGAACCUCACAGCAGCCGGACGCUUCUCACCAGCCAGGGGCCAAGCAUCCGCCAGGAGCCGGGCACCAGUCAGCAGCCAGGCACCAGCCAGAAAGCACGCAGCUGCCUGAAGCCGCGCCCCAGCCGCGAGUUGUGCACCAGCCAGGAGCUGAGGGCGUGUAGGCAGGAUCGCGGGCUCUGGAGGGCGGCCCUGGGCCUCAGGCAGCUUUCCUCGCCCCAGGCUUGUUCCACUGGGCCUGUGCCGGCCUCUGCUAGCACCCGUCGAGCAGCUGCUGUGGGCGCCGGAUCUCAGUGGUCUCUCGGCAGCAGCAAUGAAGUCAAAUCCCAGACUGACGUUCGCAGGUCCAGGCAGCCCAGUCCUGCCCGGUUACCGACUCCAGCUCUGUCUGCCGAGGCUGUGCGCCUGUCAGCUGCUAGAGGUGGUCGUGGUCGUGGUCGUGGUCGCGGUCGUGGUCGCGGUCGUGGUCGUGGUCGUGGUCGGCGUCCUCGGCCACUGCAAGCUGAGGAGCCCAGCCUGGAGGCUCCACCCAAGAGGCGGCUGUUGUCCCUCUCUGCACACACAGAGGCUGGCGCGGAGGCUCUGCCCCUGCCCUAUGAUGGAGCUUCAGAGAUCAGUGCUACUCAGAGUCCUGAGCGCCGGUUUCCUGCCGAGGCUUCGGGAUGUUGCUGUGCCCCGGAUCUUCAAGCCUUGGGGCCCCCGCUGGAUCCCCAUGCCCCGAUGCACCCGGGCCCUUGCCUGCUCUCCUUGGACAGCAUCACCGUGGAUCUCCCUGACGUGGUGCCGCUGACUCCUCCCAGCACCACCGUGCAGCCUUUCAGAAGCUUCUGCAGGGACCAUGCUGGGGACUGGGCAUCUCCUGUGAAUCAGGCAGAGGAUGGGGUCGUGUGCCACACUUGUGCCUCCAGAUCCUUGGCUGCGUCUCUGGUUGCCCCCGGCCCUUCUGUUCCUGAUGCCAGUCCCCUCUGGCUCAAGCCACAGGGAGGCGCUUUCUGGUGGCAUGAGCCAAGUCCAGCACCACUGAACGCUCUUCAGCCCCUGAGCUCUUGA